CAAGGAGAGGCGAUGGCUGGUCCGGCCAAGGCGUCGUGGAUGGUGGCCAUGAGCGUGGGCGCGGUGGAGGCCCUCAAGGACCAGGCUGGCCUCUGCCGCUGGAACUAUGCGCUCAGGUCCAUCCACCGAACAGCCAAGGCCAAAGCCAGUGUCCGCGGCGGCGUCUCGCAUGGCAAGAAGCAGCUUCCAACCUCUGCGGCCGCCGUGGCGGGGAGGUGGCAAGCAGAGAAGUCUGAAGAGGGGCUGAGGACGGUCAUGUACCUCAGUUGCUGGGGGCCAAAUUAG